AUGCUAGCACCUCUUUGGCUCUCGCAUGCUACGAAGGGUGGGGUGGAGGGGGGGGGGAAGAGGCGACUUUUACCCUUUUGCGUACAUGCUCCUGCCUCGUGUGUGUUGUAUCUGGCACGACGACUUAAGGUCUACUUUCUGGGUUUACUUCGCCUCCGCCGCAUUGAACGUAUGAAUGAGGUGUGCAACCGCACCCAUCUUGGCUGCUCACACGCCUCGACAGAUGAGCACACCAACGCAACGCUUCUCAUUUGGCAUGGCUGGUUUGGUUGA